AAACAAAACAAAACAAAACAUUAGUUUUUGCCGUUACGUUAUCAGGCGGAGGAAUAUUUCCGCCAUUGUCUGUAGUGCGGCAGUUUAAAGCGCCGCACCAACACACGACUUCAAAGAAAAAGAAACACCGAGUUCAUUUAUUGACCAGUAUGUAAUAGUUUAUAUUUAAAGUACUUUCAGCAGUUAGAAUUCUGAUUUUGACCGGGCUUUUCCUUUAACAAGUUUCCUAAUGUCGUGCUGUUGUACUUUGUACAGCGGUUCCUAAUUCAAGGAACCGUUUUGCACAGCUCCAAUCAACAAUUAUUUUGGAUUUCGGGAGGACUUCACCAUUGAAAUUUGUUAGAGCUAUUGUUUAAGCAACAAUGACCACGUGCGUGGCCGUUGGAUGUUCCACUACAUAGGGAAAAAGUGAAAAAAAACAUUACGGUUUUCACCGUGAAGUUAUGAGGCGGAGGAAUAUUUCCGCCAUUGUCUGUAGUGCGGCAGUUUAGAGCACAAACAAACAAGUUCAGAAGUUUUGUCGUGUAGUAAUAAAUCCAAAGUGUAGGCUUAUGUCUAUAAUCUAAAUAACACAGAUUGAAAUGUUUAUAUCUUGUUUUCUAUUCUUCAGUGGACCUGGCACAACUACAGAAAAUGACCACAGCGUUGACCUGUAUGAACGUUCAGAUAUUGGAGACACACAGAAAAAAGAUGAACAACAAGGACCGUGUUUCGGUGAAAAGACAACUGAAGAGCCGGCGCUCAACCAAGCGGAUUUGCCCCAAACAACUUACGACAUAGAUAUAUCAAAGGCCAAGGACCGGAUUAGUGAAAUGGAUGACUCUGGAAAAUUCCAACUUCUUCAGACCAGAAAACCACCCAAAUCUUUCAAUUUCCCUGCCAGAGACUUUAAAGACAACCGAAGAGCCAGUGGGGUGACCAAAAGAACAUGCCAGAGGGACUGGCUGGACAAGUAUGACUUUUUAUCAUACUCUGCCCAGGAAGAUGGCGUGUACUGUUUGCCAUGCAUUUUGUUUCCUGUUGAGAGUCAGAGUAGGAGAGCUAGUAUUUUGAUAGACCUGCCAUUUACUAACUGGAGAAAGUUCACUGAACAAAUUACAACACACAUGCAACUGCAAUACCAUCAGAGUUCUGAUGCAAAGUUUCAUGCAUUUGUGGAUGUAAUGAAUGGUCAACAAACAAGGAUUAACCACAUGUUGAAUUCUGAGAUGGAUAAACGUGUUACAGAAAAUAGACUCUUCCUCUCAUCAGUUGUAAAAUGUAUAGAGCUGUGUGGGCGUCAGGGCUUCGCCCUAAGAGGCCACCGAGACGAUCCUACAUCAGAAAGUCUAAACAAAGGCAACUUUCUUGCACUUCUCAAGUUCAGACAAGAAGCAGGCGAUGACCCUCUUAAAAAUUACUUGGACUCAUUCGGUCAAAAUGCAAAAUACAUUUCUAAAACAUCUCAAAACGAUUUGCUUGACUGUAUAAAAGAGUAUAUUCAAAGCACAAUUGUGCAUGAUGUGCUGAAUAAGGAAUGGGGGCCACACUCUGCUGUAAUAGCUGAUGAGGUCACUGAUGUUUCAAACUGUGAACAACUAGGUGUGUGUAUUCGCUACGUGAAAGAUGGCAUUCCUGUUGAAAGGUUAAUAGAUUUUGUUGGAUGUGAUUCCAUAACAGGGGAAGCAAUAUGUAAAAAUCUGUUGACCUCUUUAAAGAAAGUUGACCUAGAUCCAAAACUGUGUCGUGCUCAAGGCUAUGAUGGUGCUGGCAAUAUGGCAGGAAGAGUAAAUGGUUGUGCUGCAAACUUUUGCAAAGAAUCCCCAAGAGCUAAGUACUUCCACUGUGCGAGUCACCAAUUAAACCUAGCAUUAUCCAAGUCAUCAUCUGUUCUGGAUAUCAAAUGUAUGCUUUCAACUGUUGCUUCAGUUGGUAUUUUUUUCAAGUAUUCACCAAAAAGGCAGCAACAGUUUGAAUCUUCGGUGUCUGAGAUUAACCAGGAAAGGCUUGCAGCAGGACAAGAACUGUUAGCUAAGAAGAAGUUAAAGCUCAUGUGUGAGACUCGUUGGGUUGAGCGUCACACUAGCCUUGAAGAUAUUCACAGCCUUUAUGAAGCUCUUCUCCAUUGUCUUAAUGUUAUAUCAGAGAAUGCAGAUUCUGUGUGGGAUGCCAAAGCAGUAGUUGAAGCAACUGGCCUCUUCAAAGCAGUAACUUCGGCCAACUUUAUUGCCGCUUUACAGUGCAACAGGUACUUCUUUGGAUUCACCAAGUCAUUAAGUAUUCUAUUACAAGGGUCAUCACGGGAUAUCCUCACUGCAUAUGAAGAGGUCAAACUUGUAAAAGACACUCUAAGGGACAUAAGAUGUGAGGCUGAAGCUGAAUUCAAAGAGGUUUACGAAUCAAUGUUAGAAAUGGGGAAACUGGCUGGUUUUGAUGGUGACCUCCCAAUACCUAGACGUUGUGGACGACAGACAAUGAGAAACAGCAAUCCUUCAAAUAACCCUAUGUAGUACUGGAGAUGUACAGUCUUUGUUCCAUUUCUGGACAGUCUCAUUUCAGAACUUGACUCGUGCUUCAGUGUUAUGUCCGCAGCUGCCAUACUAGGCUUAAAACUGUUGCCAAGCAACCUGCAUUUGAUGAACACUGAGAGUGAAAAAGACAUCUUUACAUCAUAUAAAGAUGAUCUACCGUCAGGAUCAACAUUCAGGCAGGAAGUGAAGUUGUGGCACACAAAGUGGUCAUCAUCAGUGGA